AUGGCCUCUGAAAAGACUAGAGCAGAACGCAACUACGAAGCUCGGGUUGACUUAGCCACAGCCUAUCGUGCCUGCAACUACUACAACCUCAAUUAUGGUAUCUUCAACCAUAUAACGCAGAGGGCGCCUGCCAAAGAUCGAGAGGGAGAUGUUAUGCUUAUAGUUCCGUAUGGAUUGCUCUGGGACGAGGUCACUCAAUCCUGUCUCAUCGGCAUCGACUUCGAGACCGGAGAGGUAGUCGAAGGAGAAGGUAAAAUCGCCGAAACAGCAAAUGCAAUUCACCGUGCUAUCCAUCGCACACGUUUCCCCAUCGACGGUACAACUAGCAUAAUGCACACACAUCAAUCAUAUACUACCACCUUGGCUUGUGUGGAUGAUCCAGAACCCUUCAAAUUCGGACUUUCGCAGGGAAGCAUGUUUUUCUAUGGAAAGAUGGCGUUUGAUCACGGUUACACAGGAUUUGCUCAUGCUGAUGAUGAAGGGUACAGACUGGCUAAGGUUCUCGGUGAUAAAAGUGUCUUGAUGAUGUGUAAUCAUGGGGUACUCACUGUUGGUAAAAGAGCAUGCGACGCCUUCUAUAUUCUGUACGAGCUUGAAGUAUCCGCAAAAAUUCAGGUACAGGCUCAAUCCACGGGGAUGAAGUUGCGAAUGGCACCACAAGAACUAUGCGAGAAGGUUGCGAAUGAUUAUGAUGGCAUGGAUGGCGACAGACUUCUUUUUUUCAAAGCACUAAGGAAGCAAAUGACUAACCAAAAGCCGUGCGUGACAGACUAGAUUAAACGUGAGCAGAAAAUUUAUUUGUAAAGCGCUUUGAGACAUUUUGUAUUA